UUUAAACAGUCCACAAUGCCUUGCGGUGUCCCAGUUCCAAUGCGAUGUAUUUACCAGCAGGGGUAAUGAAACGGGGAGAGGGGCAUUUUCCGCAGCUUCUUGGUGAGACCGCAAAAGACUAGCGCACAGAAGAGGACACACACAAACUUUCGGACAGUACACCCAAACGUUACAUAUUUGUUUCCUCGACCGCCCGUAGCCAUUUUUACGUGUUUUCUACUGAGCGCCUGAACGUUACUUUGUCGCAAAUGAUUGGAAGUGAUUUACUGAGCAAUGGUGAAGAAGGACAAAUUUUGCGGAAUUGACGCUUUUACCUGUGUUUUCCCCCGAAACUUCACUUCGGAUAGGGAGCGCUGAGUUGAAUCCUCUUUGGUCCGUUAAGUUAAGUUGCUAGAGGGGCUUUAGCUGCCCUGCGUCGCCAGAGCCAUUAAGAAUGUCAGGGCCAAUACAUCAGAACGGGGCCCUUCGCUUCUGACCCAACAUGGAGCUCAAGGUCUGGGUGGAUGGAGUCCAGAGGGUCGUCUGUGGGGUCACUGAGGCAACCACCUGCCAGGAAGUGGUGAUUGCUCUGGCCCAGGCCAUAGGUCGCACUGGGAGAUACACUCUAGUAGAAAAAUGGCGAGACACUGAGCGUCACCUGGCUCCUCAUGAAAGCCCUGUAGCCUCUCUGAACACCUGGGGUCAGUAUGCUGGGGACGUCCAGUUGAUCCUUCAUCGCACAGGCCCCUCUCUAACUGAACGCCCCCCUUCAGAAGGGCCACCUCUCAGGGGUCCUGAAAGAGGCUUUCAUCGGCAGAGUCUCCCUCCUCUUGCUAAGCUUCGUCAUCCCAACGAUCGUUCCCUCCGCCGCCGCGAACCACGCCGCAAGUCUCUCACAUUCACUGGUGCACCGAGGAGCCUUAGGGAGAUCCUGAGCGGAGGACGAAUCGGAGAUGCUGAGGCCAAACGAAGACUCCUCCUGGGAAAUGGCAGCAGUCACCACCAUGCGGUACCAGCUAUGGGUACUGCGUCACCUGGACUAUGGGCCUGUCGUAUGGAAGACCUUGUUAGACUUGUAGGUCUACAGAGGGAGACUCUGAAUGUGUUGGAGAAGAAGCUCGAGUCUUAUGAAGCUGAACUCCAAGUCUGGGCUGAUGGGCGAGGGGGGCGAUGUGGUGGGUGCAACGGGGACCUGGGUGGUGGAGGGGGAUUGUCGGAAGAGAUCAUGAGGCUGGAAAAACAUCUGAGAAAGAAUGAGGUGGAGAUGGAGGAGGAGGAAUUUUGGGCCACAGAGCUGCAGAUUGAGUUAGAGAGCGAACGACAGCUGGAGGAAAGACUGCAGGAGCUGCGUGGCCGUCUGCAGGGCUGUGAACUGGAGAUUGAAGAAAAACUGGCAAUGGUACAGGGUGUAGAGGCAGGUCUGGAAGAAGAGAGGCUGCAGAGGGAGCGUCAGGAAACCCAGUGGGUCACCGAGGCAGAGGCUCGAGCUCAAGCCCUCAGGGUUAAAGCAGAGCUGAAAGCCCAGGAGAGACAAGCUGUCCAACUGGAAAGCAGCUGCAGAGCUGUAGACAGGUCACUUGGACAAAGCAGCAAGAAAUUGCUGGACAUGCAGCAGGAGCUGGAACAGCUGACUAAGGAGCUAAGACAGGUAAACCUGCAGCAGUUCAUCAAACAGACCGGAACCAAGGUCACAGUGCUCCCAGCUGAACCCACUGAGGAUGAAAGUACCCACAACAGCCGUGGUAUAGACUUAGUCCCUCUUUCCGGUUCCCUGAAGCGCCCUGUGCCAUCACAUCCAGCAUCCAGUCACCUUCGGGUCCUCCACAGCCCUCUAAGUUCAGGCCUGAACCCAGAGGGGAUCUAUGUGUGAGGCUCAAAGUGAAAGGACCUCCUGUCUGGCCCAAUUUCACCCUAAAACCCAUUUGUAAGUGGAUAUUGUAGUUCAGGAUACCUCAGUAGCACACUACUAUGCACUGUUUCUCAGUUAAGGAAAUCAUGAGUGUGAAGGAUCAAAUGAUGAUGAAACAAUUAUAUGUGUCAAUUGGAAGUCAUGGAGUGCUUAAGAGGGGGAUGAGAGAUUAUGGUAUGAUGGAAAUCCAACAUGGUAGUACUAUUCAACAUGGUGCACAGGUUCUGACCAAGGUAACCUUUAAAUAUCAGGCUGUUGUGGACUUCUUUAUAAACACACCCACUCAAUGUGCUUGUAUUCUCACUUUAGUACCUGCUGAAUGAUCUGUAAUGUACUCUAUAGCAUCAUGAUUCAAAGAUAUUGCCUUUAAACAGUUUCUUGAAAGUCUUGGUAUGUGAAUCAAUGAAUUAUUAUCCCUGAAGCAUAUGUAAUGUCUGCAGUGAAUGUGCUUUACAUGGCAUAAUGAUGGGUCGUAUCAUUAAUGAAGGAUCCACUCAUGUCUAUAAUAAAAUGAUCUCAGUAGAGUUUAUCGUUUUGCAUAUCAGAUUAUAUUCCUGUAGCUCUGACUUUCUGUUUAUAUUAAGACUAUGCACAAAUCGUUAAUACUUUUGUUACUGAAGAAUGUUACUGUCUCUGCAUACCUGAAUGGUGGCAAACUGUAAAUAUGUUUUCUUAUUUCUUAGCUUUAUUCAGUGAAUUAUUAUAUUUUAUUACAAAGUGGUGUAUUCUGUUACAAAAUAAUGCAGUGCCCUCAUUCCCAUAACACUCUGCAUAAUGAAGCGGUGUUAACGUUCCUCUUAAACUGAUUUAUGUUGUUGAUAUUGACUGCAUAGUAUAUUUUUGCCAAUUGUUUUAUGCUUGUUAUUCUUUAAGGAUCGGUGGCCAAAGAUUAGCAGGUCUUGUUGCAUGAUUGUAAUAUUGAUACAGCCAUAUCUGGAUGUGCAAAGCACCCGCAGUACUCAGUAAUUGUUCAUCAAACCUUUGUUGGCAUGUUAUUUCAUCAUGGAUAGCAACAGCUACUGUAUGAGUGGGUCAGUCACUAAGGGAAGAGUGUGUGCGGAUCAGAAUAUGUAUGAAGAGUGUUUAGGUAUGAAUCCCCUCUUAGGUUGUAGUUGAGCUGCUAUUCACAUCAAAGUGCCUUAUAUUCAUUCAGCAGUUGGUGUGUUCAAAUAAUAAGCUUUAGUAGAAGCAAUGAUAGUCAAUCUAGAGAAAAUGUUGGUAGAUGUAUUAGUGCCACACUGCUGCAAAGAGAGAUUACAAUAGCACGGCGAAGGAAACUAUAAUUAUCAGUAUUUUCUAGAAAUGUCAGUGGGAAGAGCAUUAUUAAUAGUGCUCUCCACUUUGUUACUGUAUUAGUGUCAUCACAAUACUAUGUGCUGUAAAAUGCAUUUACAUUUAGUCGGAUUUAUUUUUUUAAUACAUGCAGUAUAGUGUAGUUACCAGUGUAGGUCAGUACUGUUACCCAGGAAUAGGUAGUUCAUACUAGAAGGGAAUUCCACCCUGUAACGUUUAUCUACAAUACAAAAACAUCCUCAAUAACAGUGAGUCUCUGCUUUUCAGUUAAGCAAGAGACCUAUUUUUCUAAUUGUAGGUUGAAAUUAAUCUACAUUAUGAGUAUCUGUUAAUCAGGGUGGAUUUUCCCUUUAAGAAACCACUUGUGUGCAUUUUCCACCCUGGGGUAAGAGUGUAGCUGUGGUCGCUGUUUACAACUGUAUUUGUUCUAGAGAACUGUAAGAUGUCGACUGUACAUAAACAGUUUUUAUUUUCUCCUGCCUUAAUAUACUGCAAAGUGUUGACAGAUGUAUGGCUGCAAGUGGCUGCUGAUAUGACAUGGGUUGCAUGAUUCAAUAAACAUUCUGACAAAA